UAGCAAUGCGUGGGCAAGUCAAUGUUCCAUGCACCCACGUCAAUCAAACUGCAUAGGGCAAGAGAAAAGAAGGCAAUAAAAGGGCACUGUCUCUGCCAGACAGAAACAAGCCCUCACUGCAAGAGGACAUGUGAAGCACGGCAACUUGAGGCGUUGCCCAUUCCAAAUCAAGAACAGGCUCUGGAGCUGAAACAAGACCCAGGCUCCAAUAAAGUGGAUUAUUUCCAAGCAUUUGAGAAGCUUUGGACAGCUGCAGCUAGGAUGAGAAGUCUCACAGUCCAGGGUGAAAGAACAGGGACAAAAUCAAAACUGCUUCUUACCUAGAACUGAGCCGAAUGCCCUUGUCCGAUGAGCCUAAAGGAUAUAAACAAUAUUGCCGAGGUCUCUUGGAAGAGCUGCCCAGAUGACAUGAUGCUUGAAGAAAAUCUAGUUUCAAGGCUUUUUAGCAGACCCAAGUGCACAGAAGAUUUUGCAGAAACUAACGAGGGCACAUCAAAUAUUUCGGGGCUUCGAGACAGCUUGGACCAAGUCCAAAUGAGCAACUGUAGCGAAUAUCCCCACUCGAGCAAUGACAGCUCAACAAGUCAGAGUUCCUGGCAGGACCACUUUGUCAGUCUAAAGCAGCAGAUGGCCAGGCAGAAGGCAGAGUACGAGACUAAGAUUUCAAGCCUGGAGCAACGGAACAAAGAAUUGCAGUUAGAGAUUAAAGAUCUGCAUUCAAAACUGAGUCGGCAAAGGAAGUGGCAUUGCUUGGUGGAAAUUAAAAUGCGCAACACAGAGAGGGCACACAAAGAUGCAGAGAGAAGGAAUGAAGCACUUCAGAGGGAAAUGGAAGAAUUUUUUGAUACUUUUGGAGAAUUAACACAAGAAGGAAAGAUACCAGAGCAAAUUGGCCAGAGCUUAUAGGGAGUGACAGGCCUUGAUUCUGGCUCCCCUGCUGCCGCCACUCCCAUUUUCUUACUACAUCCAAAUGUAAAAGGUGGAAAUCCUGGACUUUUCAGAGCAAUACAAUGAUUAUAUAGGAUUCUUCUUGCUUAUAUUUUAAAAUAUUUCUGUAUGUUGUAAAGUAUGCUGUGCAAUGCUUAAUUCAAACAGUUAAUGCAGAAUUCAGGGUUACACAGUAUGAUACCAUUGGCAGGCUGCUGGAUUGGCUCCGUGGCAUGAAUAUGGGGGGGGCAUUGGUUCUAGUUGCAGCGUUGUGCCUGGAAAGUAGCAGUGAGAAAAUUUUCCUCGGGCCCACGGCAGUUAUGUUAUGGGAUCCCACAAGGCACUCUUUUAUCCCCGGUGCUAUUCAACACUAAAUGAAGCCGAUGAGAGCAGUCAUUUGGAGUUUUGGAACAAGGUGCCGUUCAUAUGCUGAUGAUACUCAGCUCAGUUUUUCCAUUGCAUGUGAUUUAGGACCGGCAGUGAAAGACUGGGACUAGUGCCUGGGCGCAGUGAUGGGCUGAGUCUGAACUAUGGAAAGACAGAGGAGUUAUGGGUAGGUAGUUCUUUGAUCUGGGAUGCAGCCCCAAUUACCUGCCCUGAAUGGGGUUGCACUCCCUCUGAAGGAGCAGGUACAUAGUUUGAGUAUGCUGCUUGAAUCACCAUUGUCACUUAAAUCUCAGGUGGCCUCUGUGGCUAGAAGUGCCUUUUAUCAGCUUUAGCUCGUAUGUCAGCUACAGCCAUUCCUGGAUAGGGGUAAUGUGAACGCUGUAGUUCAUGCUUUGGUAACAAUCAAGGUUCACAGUUCUUGUACUCAUGUACAAAACCCUGAAAAACCUAGGCCCAUGAUACCUUGGGGCAGGCAUGGCCAAACUCAGACUUUGUGUAUAAAAGGGCUCAAGGUUACAGCAUACUGUAUGGGUCAUGGUAGAAGACUUGCUGAAGGCUAUCUGUUGGAACUAUGGAUUGAAGUGAAAACUUUUUGAAAAGAUCGUCUGAGGAAGAAGUUGGAAAAUUGGUGGACUUCAGAGAAUUCUUAUCACAGGCACCCCCA